AUCCCUCACCGGACGGCCCCGGGAACACUUCCGGAUGGAUCGAACUUGCUGUCGACGGCGCAUGGUUGCUUCUAAGCGUGGAUCCGGUGCCGACGUCUCGACGGUGGGCGCCACAGCCUCCUCGGAGGCCCCAGAAUGGCCCGCUAAGAGGCCUCGUGGACUGAUCAACGGGGCAAAGGCCGACAGUGCUCAGGCUGGCGAGGAGCGAAACAGCGACGCUGCAUCUUCCAGGGAAGAGCUCUUCGAGGGCUUCAGACGCUCCGAAGUCGUUCGCCUGCUGAAGCAGACCUUGUCGGACUUGGGUUUCCACGCCACCCGUCAUACCUUGGAAGUGGAGUCCGGGCCAAGCCAUGAAGAAGCUUUGGCUGGAUUGAGGACGGAAAUUCUGGCAGGUCAAUGGGAUGAGGCGUUGCAGAUUGCCUCCUUUCUCUCCUUAGACCUCCCAGAGGUGGCCGCGCCCUUGCGGCGCUUGUUGCUGGAGCAAAAAUGCUGCGAUUUGCACGAAAAGGGACACACCCAGGCGGCUCAAGAAGUCUUCGAGGAGAUUGCUG